AUGGCAUUCCUUGUGACUUUCCUGACUCUGCUUUGUUUCAACCUGGUUUUAACUUUGGACUUUCCAAAAUCAGAGGAUUGCGACGUCCCGGACAAGGCUGAACUGGACGACAAGCUCGACAAGCUUAUCCGCAACCUCCCAUAUCAUCACCUGGUAAACGACACUAAAUUAGAAAUGCUUCAAGGCGCCAUCUUCUUGGGAGAAGGGAUUCUCACCGGCCUCCGCUUCCUCAAGCAAGACAAACCCUACGAGACGUUUUGCCGCGACAAGGACACGGUCACUGUGUUCAGCGUUCGUUGCAAGCACUCACUGCUCACCCACAUCCCCUGGAGGCUCUGUUCGUGGCAUAGCGGCACCAUACUUUUUGAGGCUGGUCUUGUCAGGUUCGAAGGAGAGCUCGUGACAAGAAAGACUAACAGCGGCACAGAAUAUCGAAUCCAAAAUGUCAUUCCAGUGCUACUGGAACGUUUGAACUUUAGAGUGAAAGACGGUGGAGAAAUCGUUUCUGCGAUUACGGGCGCUCUGGGAUUUAUCCUGUCGGGGCUCGCCAGAUCGCUUUGGGUUUCUGCGAUUACGCCUUCCGUCGAGGACGCGUUUCAGAAAACUUUGAUGGAAUGGAACUAA